AACAAGUAGGCACAAAUUAAACUUUCUUCUAUUUUAAUAAGAUAUCGAUUCAUCUACACAUGCUCUACAUCUAUGUACAAUAAAAACUUUAAAUCAAAUCUUGUAAGUCUGCAUAAAUUUAUACCCAGUUUAAGUAAUUGGAAUAGGUAAAGAUUUAUCAGGAUGACCACUAAUUUAUACAAAAACUAACUGCGAAAAAAAAAAAAAAUGAAAAUACCCAUAGUCAGAUGACCGUUUCAACUUCGAAAUGUACACAGCUCAUCACAUGUGAAAGGCCCAAAUCGACUAUGAUUUUCUCACAUGUUAUUGCAUGGUUUGGCAUGUCGUCAAGUAGUGAAUCAACACCCUGUGUUUCACAGCAACCAAGCAAGAUUAAAAAAUCGAGGGAACGUUUUUUUUACAGGCAGAUGAACUUGAUUAAUUU